CAAAAGCCAAAGCGUUUGGUUCGUCUACUUUAGCAGUUUGCGCGGUUCACUUUGUAUAACGCGGUCUCGUUUACGUUGCAUUAAAAUCGCGAGUGUUCAACCGGUGUGUCGCAGUGAGUAACAAACGGGGAAACAACGAAAAGCUUCGAAACGAAUGAAAAGGUGAUAAAGAGUAAUGACAAAAUUUUGUUGCAAAAUUUUUAAGUUUGGUUAUUUUAUAUGGUUUUCAUUUGUUGCGUUCACUGAAUUUCAAAGUGAUGAGAAAAAGUUGAUGAAGAAAUAUCUAUCUACUAUCAUUGCUAAACUUAAGCAAAAUCUAUUUAAAUUCAUUAUGUUUUAAAAUUUAUUGCGAAUAAAAAGUGAAUUUAAAUUUUAAUGAGAUUUCUUUUGACGUGAACAAGAAUUUUGGUGUCCGAAAAUUUGCAGACGACUUUCACGUUCGUUUUGCAGCAAACAUACAUACGUACAUAUAAAUAUGUAUAUAUAUGAAUAAAUUGUUGAUUUAUGCGCAUAUGUUUGUAUGUACAUCGGUCAAGGUAGUGUGCACGUACUCGGCAGUUGGGCGCUUGCUGUCUGUAAGCCCAAAUGUUUGCCCAUGCAACAACAUUUUCAACAAAAGCAGAUCAGCUACAAUUUGUAUUAAAAUUUUUCCUGUUUUCCCAUAAACACACAUAACGGUAUAUUUCAACAUGAAACUGCCACCAUCGCUGUGGUGACUCUGUUGACAUUUGUGGUUGGAAAAAGUGGAUAACUCUUGAAACAGCUUAACAUCAAAAUCUUGUACUAGAUACUAAAUAAGAUUGGAAGAAAUUAAUAAACUUGUUAUUAGUCGGUUCGCGAUUUGUUGGUGGCCUUAAGCGCGUUUUGAUAUGGACGCCGCCGUCGUGGCUGCCAAAGUCAUGCCACCAGCGGCGUGUGCACCAAAUUUAUGAAUGAAAUGUGUGCGCGCGCAUGCAAGCAGGUGGGUGCUGUUGCUGCCAGUGAAAGCAAUGCGAACAGUUGUGUAGGCAUAAUGUGUAAAAUAUAACUUUAUAAACUUUUGUCAAUAUACAGCUCGCGGUGUUGAUAAGCAGCGCGCCAAGAGCGCCAUCAGCAACACAAUACGAUUGCGUUUGUGUGUGUGCCUGCAUAAGUGAGCACUCCGAUGAGCAUUUGAGUAACUAGACACCACUUAUUUCAGCGUCGGCGGCGCAUACAGAUCGCCUGAGCUUUGUGAAAGUCGGAUCUCACCACUUUUGCUUAACCAACACAGCGCUUUGCUUGGCUAAAAGUAACUCCGUAAGCCGAAUUUGUUGCAAUCCCAGCUCAUUCGAUGUUUUGUUUGCAAAGUGUCAACGUAAAUUAUUGAAAAUCGGUCGAAAUUUUUAAUGUGCUAUUGUUAUACAAAUCGGCGAAAUGAAAUAAUGUGCACAUUUUAAUAAGUGAAGUGUAUAUAUUUUUGAAAAUGUAAAAAAGUUAAAAAAUUAUUGCAGUUUUUUGUCAUAUAUUUUCGAACGGAAAAUAUUUAGUGCAAUAAUUCACAAGUGUCAGUGGAGCAGUGUAAUAUGAAGCGGAGGAAUUUGCUGCUGAAGCUGUGCGCAUUGCUGACAACGCUGUCAUGGCAACUGACAGCUUGUUCAGUAGUACAUGAAGACCAUUCAUCUGCCCAAGAUGAUCUCGAUGAUGCGUUAGCAGACACUUUCUCCAAUGGAAUAGCGAAUAGCACUGAUUUGGUGCGUGCCGUACGGGCAUCUAUAAGGCAACAUGAACUCCUGCAGCAACGUAAUAAACAUCGCAGAUCGAAGCGAGCAAUUAAACGCGUUUGUUAUGGCGAACUCGGCUGUUUUGAGGACUCCGGUCCCUUUGCUUAUUUGGAAAUGCUGCCAUCGCCACCUGCAGAUAUCAACACUAAAUUCUACUUUUACUCUACAAAAAAUCGUUCCGAACGUCCCCUCAUGGAGUUGCCGUUUCUGAAUAUGACUGAUACUUUUGCCAAAGUCGCACGAUCUUCGCAUUCUAUACGACGCAGAGCCGGUUCUGUAAGUGAUACAGACGCAGACAGCUCCACCACAACAACAACGACGACAACCACCACUACGACACAGCGUAGCGUCUUCAAAAGCACUCCACUGACCCUCGAUGAACUGCAUGGUUUCGAUGAACUGUCGGUUCGUGUGAUCGUACAUGGUUUCGGUUCGGCUUGUCCGCAUGUGUGGAUCUACGAAAUGAAAACGGCAUUGAUGGCGGUGGAAGAUUGCAUUGUUAUUUGCGUGGACUGGGAGAGCGGCGCUACUUUCCCGAAUUACGUGCGUGCUGCUGCCAAUACACGAUUGGUGGGCAAACAACUGGCUAUGCUUUUGCGGAAUCUGAAAGAAUACAAAGGCCUCAACUUAACGCGCACGCAUAUAAUCGGUUUCAGUUUGGGUGCACAUGUUUCUGGUUUCGCUGGCGCUGAACUGCCGGGCUUGGCUCGCAUUACGGGUUUAGAUCCAGCCGGUCCACUGUUCGAGGCACAACAUCCCAAAGUGCGUUUGGAUAAUUCGGAUGCGGACUUUGUGGACGUUAUACACUCGAACGGUGAGAACUUAAUACUAGGUGGACUGGGCUCGUGGCAGCCCAUGGGACAUGUGGAUUUUUACCCAAAUGGGGGACGUGUGCAAACUGGCUGCUCAAAUUUGUUUGUGGGCGCCGUAACGGAUUUCAUUUGGUCUGCACAAACUGCCGAUGAGGAGGAGGGUCGUUCACUCUGCAAUCAUCGACGAGCUUACAAGUUCUUCAUUGACUCAGUCGCUCCGCGAUGUAUGUUUCCAGCUUAUCCGUGUAAUAGCUAUGACGACUUUAUUAAAGGCGAUUGCUUCCCGUGCGCUCAAAAUGACGAUGACGUUGCUGAAGGUGUACCAAGAUGUGGCAACAUGGGCUAUUAUGCUGAUAGAUCCACUGGCCGUGGACAACUGUAUCUACUAACAAGAGAAGAGGAGCCAUUUUGCGCGCAUCAAUUCAAGCUGGAAAUAUUCAAUUCCUUUAAUGAUCUGCCUUUACGUACUAUCGGACGCUUGGAGGCUACACUCGAAGGGGAGGGUGGACUGAACGAAACCUUCAAAAUAUCGGAAAAAGACGACUCUGAAUUCUUCGCUGGAGAUAUUGUUUCAAAAAUAAUUGUUCCACAUCCCGCCUUGGGCUUUCCUACCACACUUAGUUUACAUUAUAAAUCAUAUAGCGGUUGGCUCUCCAAGGGACUACCGCAUUGGGAUAUCGAUAAGGUUGUUUUAACCGACAGCUUUGGUCGCAGUCAUUCCCUCUGCAAACCAUCGACCAAACUCUCAUCGGGUACACCUGUGCGUCUAAAGCUGCUCACCGGUAAUUGUGAAUUGGAGAACCAAGAAGAAUAUGGUACUUAUAAUGUGCCGACCACUUCGGUGCCGGACUCUAAUGGACAAGAGAGCAUAGACAAUUUGGAAACCGAUAGUAUAGAUGCCGCCAAGCAAAGCAAGGACUAUUUCAAUCUCGGUACUAGUUUCCGACUAGACAAAAAUAAUACAUAUCCUGAAAACGAUAUGCCCUGGCAACCCAUAUUCGAAGGUACUAAUUCGCUGGACAAAGAAGUUGGUGAAUCAAGUCGCAGUUUAUCCGUCGAACCAACUGAAAUUUUCGAACCCGUUUUAAACGACCGCCGCCUGGGUCUUACGAAUGCACGUAACCUUCAGGAAUAUGGUGUAACCACGGAAGAGAUAGUUGAACCUGUUUUAAAGGCGACUACACCACGUGUUAAGAAAGCAAAGGAGAUUGUCUUCACAGACUCGCCGCUGGACACAAAGAAACCAGAAAUUAUUAAAAUUACACCAAUCACUACGAUACGUAAUGGACCCGAGCUACCGAAGCAGAACUCACAGGAGGAAGUCAUUACUGUGCAAUUGCUGCCCUUCCGUCUCGGCGAUUUACUACAACGUGCCGAGCGUUACGCACGUGAGACUCUCUUACCGUUGAUCUCUGUGCAAGCGCCGAAGUUUUUUGGCUUCAAUGUAGGCGGCUCACCAGCGAGCAGUACUGAACAGCCAACUACCCCUAAGGAUGAACCCCGUAAACCACGCUACAUACCACGUUUUGAGGAGGCGUCCUUUUUGCGUGAGAAACGUGUGGAGAAAAAUCGCCCUGUCCGCAAACCGGCAACAGAUCUAACCGUGGCUGAGUCGCGAACGCAACGUAAUAUUUUCAAGCUUUUAAGACCGGAUAACGUGGUGAAAGCUACUAGUAGUGUUGAACGCUCGGGUCAAAAGCGUGCGCUUAGCUAUUACACCAAUAUGAUGCUCUCCGAAUCGCGGGCAUUACGGCCGGAAGAUCCCAGUUAUGAGCCAGUAUUCAUAGAAUUACCCACCUAUAGACCAGCUGCGAAUCAAAAGUUGGUUGAACGAAAGCUCUGAAACUACAUAACUGUAUUGGUUACCGGAAACAGUGUGGGUUAAACACUAUUCGAAUUGUGCAAAACCGCGUGAUAAGUCAAAUGCUGUAGACGCCCAUCUCAGCACUAUAACUUUCUUUUGACCAAAAAUAAAAAAAUAGAAGAUACGAAUUUCUCAAACUCUUCGUCAUAAAGCUAUGUUGCUUUACUGAAAAUGCAAUUAGCCCUCGGUCUAACCAAAAAGAACAUAAUUAAAUAAAUUGUAUAGAUAAUAAAAAUAAAUAUUAUUGUGAUCGCCAUUUACGUGCAACCCUGUGAGUCGACUCUAAUCGCCUGGUUUUAGAAUUUCAAUACAUAUACGUCCAACUUUAUAAAUUUUUUUAUAUUUAAUAUUUUCUAAACGCAUCGCAUUAGAGAAUAUUUAAAUUGAACUAUGAAAUUUUCUGUAAAUACUUCUAACCCUAUCACUGUUUUCCACUUACUCUAAUUACUUAUGUAUGUAAUUUGUAAUAUAAAUAAAAAAAAUUUGCUUAGUUAAGGAAAAUAUAACUCUUGGCUCCUGAGAGUAUCAUUCGAGUGAUCAUUUGGAGCCAAGGUAAUGCUGUUUGAAAUUUGUUAGAGCAUAGGUUAAAAUUUAAGUUAAGUAAAUAUAUAAAUAUCUUUUAUACGAAUAAAUUAUUUAAUUUUACAAAAGAAA